GAGCUAAGCAUGACACUAGCACUUAGCUGGUAAGUAGCUACUAAACCAAUCCCGAUCCAGUAUGGGCUGGUUGAAAAGGGUGGACCAACAAUCGACCGUCAAGCCACAAUCCUGAUAACACGCUCAACUGCGGCUCCUAAACAUCCAACAAACACGCCCUGUUGGAAUCCCGGUUCUCCCUAUAGUCUUGGAAUUUCGCCAACACCGCCGCUUGUUUCAUCCCUACAUACCAAAUUACAUCAGACAGAUAUCUUCCUCCCUGACUAUCACACCUACAAUGGCUGUCGAGACUGCUCCUACAUCCUCGCCUGUCCCCAUCGCGGACCUCACCAAGAUUGCCUCCGAGGCAUGUGACUCCGCUCUGAACGGUGUCGAGGGCUAUGACCACGCCAAGGUCGGCGAAUGGAACUCUCAGAUCAUUAACACCAUCCUCAAAGCUCUCAUCAGCGCUACCGCCCCAUCUACUCCCUCGGCAGCCGCCCCCUAUCGGUUCACCGUGAACAGCACCAUCGUGCAACAAGGCCUGAUCGACAAGUCUGCCGCCGCAGAGGGUGCUGCCAGCAACACCGGCAAGCGCGGUAUGCACUCCGCCUCCGGCGCCUUCUGGGAUGUCAACCGCGAUGGGAUGUGGACAUUCAAGUACCCCGGUGCUGAUGAGCGGGGCUUGGAUAUCGUCGUGAGUGUAACAUGGUUCGCCGUCAAUUAAAUCCAAGCAUAUCAACUUGUACGGGGUUAAAGGAAAGAUAAAACGGUUCCUGAUAUGUUUGGUGGUUUUGGUUGAUUCUUAGAGAUCCAUGGUCGUUAUUUUACGAUUUAUUCUUCACUCUAUUAUUUUAGUAUUAUUAUUUUUCGAUUUGCUUUGGGAGCAAGGAGCAACGAGCCAGAUAAGGGUUUCUGUCCUAUCAUUUGUUGGUAUGAUGUUUUUCUCGGGUGAGCCUUAUACCUUGUGUGUUUCUGAUCGUAUCGACACAUCUGUAGGGGAAUAUACAAAGAACUUGUACAGACAGACUAUUAUACGUAUAUUCU